UUUUCUAUUUCCGGUCUGCUUUCUAUUGAUUGCUUUGCAAAAGGAGGCAGACAUCUUGCUUGAGAGCAGCAUGUUGUACUCUGUGUUUCUCUAGUAGUGUUUGUGUCACGUGUAUGACAGCUUGGCAACAUGGCAGAGGAGACUGGUGAGGUUACCUCUAAACCGAGAGAGGGGAAAAAAAGGAAGCCCGAGAAAGAGUCGGUAGAUGAAUCUGAACUUCUUACUGUCCCAGAUGGUUGGAAAGAACCACCCUUCACAAAGGACGAUAACCCCAAAGGACUACUUGAGGAGAGCAGUUUUGCAACAUUGUUUCCCAAGUAUCGAGAAGCUUAUUUGAAGGAAUGCUGGCCCUUGGUUCAAAAAGCGCUCAAUGAGUGUUUUGUGAAAGCAGAGCUAGAUUUGAUUGAAGGCAGCAUGACUGUAACCACAACCAAGAAGACUUUUGACCCUUAUGUUAUUUUGAGGGCCAGGGAUCUUAUAAAGUUACUAGCCAGAAGUGUCCCAUUUGAGCAGGCUGUAAGAAUCCUCCAGGAUGAUAUGGCUUGUGAUAUCAUUAAAAUAGGCUCUCUGGUAAGAAACCGAGAGCGAUUUGUUAAAAGGAGACAACGGCUUUUAGGACCUAAGGGAUCAACUCUAAAGGCACUUGAAUUGCUUACAAACUGUUACGUCAUGGUUCAGGGAAACACUGUAUCUGCAUUAGGACCAUUCAAUGGUUUAAAGGAGGUUAGGAAAGUCGUUUUGGACACAAUGAAGAAUAUCCACCCUAUAUACAAUAUUAAGGCUUUAAUGAUAAAACGAGAGCUUGCCAAAGAUCCAGAACUGCGAACAAAAAGUUGGGAGAGAUUUUUGCCUAAAUUUAAGCAUAAAAAUGUGAACAAACGGAAAGAACCGAAAAAGAAAAAUGUUAAAAAGGAUUAUACACCAUUCCCACCGCCACAGCCAGAAAGUCAGGUUGACAAAGAAUUGGCAAGUGGUGAAUACUUUUUGAAGGAAAGUCAGAAGAGACGGAAGAAGCUGGAAGAAAUAAAAGCAAGACAAGCAGAAGCUGUGAGCAAGAGACAAGAAGAGAGGAACAAGGCCUUUAUUCCACCAAAGGAAAAAACAUUAAUCAAGACAAAGAAAGCCCCCAGUUCUACCAAAAUUGAUGUAAAUGCCAUCAAGGAAAAAGUAAAGAAAGCAAAGAGUAAAAAGCUUGGCGCUCUUCCUGAUGAGGAGGUGAAGCAGAAGAUGGCAGCAGCUGACAAGAAAAAGAAGAAGAAAUAGAAUUUUUAUAAAAGUAUUAAGUGGACAUUACUAUAUAUAUAUAUAUAUAUAUAUAUAUAUUUUUUUUUUUAACCUGACGUCAAAUUCAGAAGAUUAAAUAUAAUGAAAGACCUCAUUCUUCCAGUGUUCUGCUGUACUUAUUACAACUGCCACCUUAGCUGUGUAAAAUGGUUUUGUUUACCAGGUAAGCGGAAAUAUUUUGGUAUUCAUUGUAAAACUACCGUUUUUCCUUGAGUGGCUAAUUCUCCCUUUUUAAUAGAAAAAUUAAGUACUGUCCAAAAAGUGGAUUAGUGUAUAAUCAUAUUAACAGGUGCACUCUUCACACGUAUGUUUUGACUGCAGUUUAUUACCAUUCUGUUCAUAAAUUUUCAUAGCAUAAAUGCGAAGGCGUCCAUUUCCAAAGUGAUGAAUAACUGUUCCUAUAGUCUUCUCUGACCAGCAAUGCCAGCCUCUAUUGACUUUAACAAGACUGUCCGCCCCCCCCCCCCCAUAUUGUUUCUGCAUAGUUUAAAAAGACAAAUGCCAUAUGGAGCUGUUUAAACAUUUUACAUUGCUUGUCAACAAUAGUCAUAAACAUAUCUAAAAUUCCAUGUUUAUUUGGCGCAGUUCUUUCUUUACAAUGUAUCAAACACAUUAAACAGAAAAACAAGACCCUAUAUACUGUCUUUCAAAUAAUCAACUAUAUAAACAAAUCUUAAACAAAAGUUCUGUAAUUCUACCGUACCUAGAGCAAUAUAUUACAUUUCAUGUUUCUAUGACAACAGAAAUAAAGAUUCAUGUUUUUUCUUAUGAUAGAAUAAGGAAUAUAAAUAUUUGUCUGCAAAAUUUUUUUCCUGACUACUUGUUUUGAAGUCGGAUAGAGGAUUCAGUAGCUGAACUAAAAUAGUCCUUGAAAAAACUGCUUGCUCAUGUGGAUAAGUUGUGUUUUUUGUUUUUUUUCAUACCAUUCUUUGUCUGGAUACUAGAAUUUUAUAUUGUGUUUCAAACUGUCAAAACUUGUUUGUUUUUAUUAAAAACUCCAUCACUGCUCAAUAAACUUACUUUGUAAUUUAUUGUA